AUGAAACUUGCAAUUUCCUUUUUAUUCCUUUUAACAUUUUUGAAGUUUUCCUUAUCAUUUGAAUCAAGUGAUCCUUUGUCAAAAGAAAAUAAAAUUACUGUAAAUAAAUAUAUUAAAAAAGAUAAGGAUGAUGAACAUUCGAAAAUUCAGAUCUUGGAAGAUAUUGAAAAAAUUACGGAAGAUUUCAGUAAUGAUAUAAACACUACCAAAGUUAUUGUAAAAAAUUUAUUUCUCGACAUAGAGGCAUCAUUCGAAGAUGUAUCCGAUGAUAUUGCAAAAAGUGUGUCAAAAUACAGCUAUUCUGUGGAAGAAAAAUUGAACAAAAUAGAAGGACUUGUGAGGGAGUUUAUCGAAAACAACAAAGGCAUCAUGUUCAAUUCUUCAGAAUCAAAAGAGAAAGUCGAAAAAGAGAAAAUUAAAAAGGUAUUCAAUUUAAUUUUAAGUAAAUUAAAAAAGUUGAUUCAUUUGAGUACUAUGAUUAACUAUCAUACACUUUUAAAAUUUGGAAACUCCGACGUAAAAAAAGAAACAUUAGAGGCUGUAAAAAAUGAUGAUAACAUAUCGGAUGAACUAAAAAAGGAGCUCAUAAAAUAUGAAGGUAAGGAAAAUCAAGAUAUAAAAGCAACUGAAUUGAUUAAUUUUAUAUCCCCUCUUUAUGAUAAUUUUACAAAUAAGCUAAACAUGUUAAUUAAUGAACUACCCACGGACUUAAAUCAAAUAUUGAAGUAA